AUGAAGGGCUCCGGCCUCUUCUCUCUCCUCUCCUCCCUCCUCCUCUUCUUUGUAGCUUGUUCUUCGGCCUGGCCCUGGCCGGAGUUUCUUGACAGCAAGGUCGACGCUCUUAUUGUCCCCCGACAAGACCAGAACCAGAAUUCGGAUGGCGACGAUACCUCCUCAACUGGGAGCACAUCUGCCACCAGGUCCGCAUCCUCAUCAGGCUCCCAAUCUGGCUCAACGAUAACUCCGUCGGCGUCUUUGUCGGGGUCAGGGUCAGGGACGUCGGGACUUCGGAACGCGACCACCACAAGGAGCACAAAAACAACUCCCAUUGACCCUCGUCUUCCUCCUGGAGGUAUCUCUCUCAUCACACCCGCUGCAAUUGAUGGCCCUCAGUACUACAAGGUUGGGGAUUUUGUCACUUUUGCUUGGAACUAUACUUCUCUGUCCGUCACCCCGUCCGCAAUCGAUGUGCUGGCUUCCUGCGCCUUGAACCAAGCCACCUACACGCUCUCUUCCAAUAUGUCGGUGAAGGAAACGGGUGCUCUUACCUGGGAUACUGGUGAAAUGUUCGCAACAGCGACCAACCCCUUCCCAGUCGCCAGUUAUACCCUGAUCAUCCACGAUUCGUCAAAAGAUGUGACCGACAUUCCAAGCGCCGGGUUUUUGGGUGCUUUUGAGCAGUACGUCUUUGGGAUGUACACAGGACAACCCUAUACUCCGCUGAACGAAUUCAAAUGUGCGACCUGCAAUGGCGCAUUUUCCAUACAUGAAAAGCAAGCGCUGGGCAUGAUUCUGACAACAUCAGCCAUCACCAUCUUGUCCUUCACAUGGUUCGCCAGGGGGUUUGGCGUGUUUUAA